AAUUGUGGGCAAUGUAGUUUCGCUGCUAUGCCCUCCUCGCCAUUCCUGUAAUGGCUGCUUCCUGGGAGGUAAUGCGCUGUCACGUGUAACCUCUUAAUUUCAGCAUCCGAAGUUCCAGAAAGGAGUGUAUUUCCAGUCAGAUAAAAAUAUAAAUAUCCGGUUUCUUUGAAACCUUCAACCCUCAAGAUCCAGACACUUCAAAAUCUCAUCAUGACAGUUUCAACACAACUGUUCGUAGUCCUCAUUUCACUGCUUUUGGUGCUGCCUGUUGUUGAAGCAGUAGAAGCUGGAGAUGCAAUCGCCCUCUUGUUGGGUGUGGUUCUCAGCAUUACAGGCAUUUGUGCUUGUUUGGGGGUAUAUGCACGAAAGAGAAAUGGACAGAUAUGAUUUAAGAACCUCUUGAAUCAAACUUGCCCUGAAAACCUUUGUGCUAUUAAGAUUAAAAAUGAGUUUUGGUGUCUAAAAUGGUCCCAAGAAACAGCAAAAAGGGCAGUUUCACAUAGUUGUUUCCUACAAAUAGGGAAAAAAAAAUACAUUUUUAAAAAAUGGUUCCUGCACAACAAAUAAUGCACUAAAAGUGUGGCCUGUAAUCUGUAUUUUCAAGUUAACAAGAAUGCUAAAGAUAUAAGUUAGCAAAAAUUUACAUAAGUAAUGUUUCAUAGUUACAGAAUUUUGAAAGUACAUCAAAUAGGAAGAAUAUAACUCAGUGAGAGCCCUAGGAAUGUAUCACUGUUCUAAUCACUGCCUCCUGCAUUGUUCAGAAGACUUUUCUCUAUAUUUUUUACUGGAUUUUUGUUUUGUUAUGUCCCCCAUGUUAAUACUGUAUUACUAUAUCAAAUACAACUAACUGUUCAAAAAUUAAAGCUUAUUUCUUGGGGGUGCAAGGGGGUAGAAACAAUGUAAUAUUAAGAUGAACAAAAGCUUAGUUUAAAAGGAUUCUUUAUAUUGAUAUUGAAAUGAAGAGAUUCAGUGUUAAAAAAGCCUUUGUAUUAAUUAAUAUUCCAAGAUGGUGAUAAGUACUAUAUUAAAAUAUAGAUCCAUUAUGUUAUCAAUA